AUGCUUGUAGUGGUCACUGGUCGCCCUCCACUCUCUGAAGAUGCUGGGGACACCAAGCAGAUCAUGCCAUGGGCAUCCGAGUGCCUGUCAUCGGGCGACGUAGAGAGCCUCAAGCACCCCACCAUGGACGCCCCCGGGGAUGUGUUGCUGCGCGUGGCAGAGCUGGCAGUGAGCUGCACCGUAGAGCGCACUGCAAGCCGCCCAAGCAUGGCGCACAUUGCCAAGGAGCUGCAGGCAGUGAGGGAGGUGGCGGGGAAAAAGGAGUUCAGUGCUGCAGUUAAGGUGGAUGCGCAGGUCCAGGAGAUGAAAGAUGCUUUCGCAGGUGUGGGAAGUCUCGAGGCACAACUCCAGAUGAUUGGGGAUGACGGGAGCUUCAUCACUCAACACCCAGUCUAA